ACCGACAGCGGGUUGCCGGUAAACUAGGCAGGGCUACUGUUUUCUUAAAGUUAGUCAGUUUGACAUAAAAGAAACAGCGAUGGUGCCUUCAAGUUAAAUGCAAAACACAUUUAAAACCAGUCUCCUGCCAAUAAGCCUUUUAUUUUGAAUGCCGUAGCCGGAAGUUGAAUUUGUAACUCGGGUUUUUGACGGCAUUGGAGCCACAGUGCUCGCAGAUCAAAACGUUUCCCUGAAUUUAGGACAGAAACGCUAGCUAAAGCUACAUGUAUGUGUUCGUAAAAACACUGAAGAAACCGUGGAACUGAACCUAUAUGGAUCCCAACCGGAUAAUCCAGGCUCUGAAAGGGACCAUCGACCCGAAUCUGAGGAUAGCGGCGGAAAAUGAACUCAAUCAGUCCUACAAGAUCAUCAACUUUGCUCCGACCCUGCUUCAGAUCAUUGUGUCGGAGCAGGUGGAGUUUCCUGUUCGCCAGGCAGCGGCUAUCUACCUGAAGAACAUGGUGAGUCAGUACUGGCAGGACAGGGAGCCGUCUCUGGGCGAGGUCAUCUUUCCUUUCAACAUUCACGAGAACGACCGCCAGCAGAUUAGAGACCACAUUGUGGAGGCCAUCAUCCGCUGUCCAGAGUCUAUACGUGCUCAGCUGACCAUGUGUCUACGAGCCAUCAUAAAGCACGACUUCCCAGGCCGCUGGACUGCCAUUGUGGACAAGAUCAGCAUGUACCUGCAAUCGCAGAACAGUGGCAGCUGCUAUGGCAGCCUGCUGGCACUCUACCAGCUGGUCAAAACCUAUGAGUACAGGAAGGCAGAUGAAAGGGAGCCCUUGCUGGCAGCCAUCCUGCUGAGGAUUCAGCAGCUCAUCAGCCAAUUGCUGGCAGAUGCCACCAUCUUCUCUGUCCUCAUCCAGAAACAGAUCCUCAAGAUCUUCUACGCGCUUGUACAGUACUCGCUGCCUCUCCAGCUGAUCAACAACACAGUAAUGACUCAGUGGAUGGAAAUCCUCCGAGCAAUAAUGGACCGUGAUGUCCCUGCUGAGACAUUGGAGGUUGAUGAGGAUGACCGUCCUGAGCUUGCAUGGUGGAAGUGUAAGAAGUGGGCAUUGCGCACCAUCACCAGACUCUUUGAGCGGUAUGGAAGUCCUGGAAAUGUGACAAAGGAAUAUUAUGAGUUUGCAGACUUUUUCCUGAAGACAUAUGCAGUGGGCAUACAGCAGGUCUUGCUGAAAGUGGUGGACCAGCACAGACAGAAGCACUACGUUACUCCUCGUGUCCUGCAGCAGUGCCUCAACUACCUCAACCAGGGCCUGUCACACUCCCUGACCUGGAAACAGAUGAAGCCACACAUGCAGACCAUAUGCCGAGAGGUCAUCUUCCCUCUGAUGUGUUACAAAGAUGAGGAUGAGAAGCUCUGGCAAGAAGACCCAUAUGAGUACAUUCACAUGAAGUUCAACCUCUAUGACGACCAUGCCCUCCCAGCCACAGCUGCUCAGAGCCUUUUGUCUAAAGCUGCUCGGAAAAGGAAGGAGGUUCUUCCUCAGAUGAUGGAGUUCUGCCACCAGAUACUAAUGGACCACUCUGCUGACCCCCGCAGGAAGGACGGAGCACUGCACUGCAUUGGAUCUCUGGCUGAGCUUUUACUGAAGAAGCGGAUGUAUCAGGAACAAAUGGAACUGAUGCUGCAAAACUAUGUCUUCCCUUUGCUCAACUCUCCUAUGGGUUACCUGCGUGCAAGGUCCUGUUGGGUGCUCCAUUCAGUCAAUUCAUGCUGGGUGCUCCACUGCUUUAGCCCACUGCGUUUCCACGAUGAGCUGGUGCUGAGGAAUGCUGUCGAGUUGGUCAAACAGGAUUUGAUCGGCGAAAAAGAGAUGCCCGUCAAGGUGGAGGCCGCCAUAGCUCUGCAGACGCUGGUCACCAACCAGGAACAAGCCAAGCUGUACAUCAGGCCAUAUAUCCGGCCUGUCAUGCAGGAACUUCUACAUGUGGUGAAAGAGACGGAGAAUGAUGACCUGACCAACGUCAUUCAGAAGAUGAUCUGCGAGUACAACCAGGAGGUGGCUGCCAUUGCUGUGGACAUGACGCAGAAUCUGGCGGAGAUCUUUACUAGGGUCCUUCAGAGUGAGGAGUACGAAGAAAAUGAGGACAAGACUGUCAUGGCUCUUGGCAUCCUCAGCACCAUCGACACAAUCCUUACUGUCAUGGAGGACCACAAGGAGAUCACUCAGCAGCUGGAGGGAAUCUGUUUGCAGGUGAUCGGCCUGGUCUUGCAGAAGCCCAUCAUAGGUAUGGCAGAAUUCUAUGAGGAGAUCCUGUCACUGGCAUUCGGCCUCACCUGUCAGACCAUCUCCCCCCAGAUGUGGCAGCUGCUGGGCGUCCUGUAUGAGGUCUUCCAGCAUGACUGUUUCGACUAUUUCACAGAUAUGAUGCCUCUUUUGCACAAUUACAUUACUGUGGAUACAGACAUGCUCCUGUCCAACCCGAAGCACUUAGAGGUCAUCUACAGCAUGUGCAAAAAGGUGCUCACCAUAGAUGCAGGUGAGGAUGCAGAGUGUCACGCUGCCAAACUGUUGGAGGUCAUCAUCCUGCAGUGCAGAGGCAGAGGCAUUGACCAGUGCAUUCCUCUGUUUGUGGAGGCAGUGCUGGAGCGUUUGAUGAGGGGGGUGAAGUCCAGCGAGCUGCGGACCAUGUGCCUGCAGGUGGCCAUUGCUGCUCUGUACUACAACCCAGCCCUGCUCAUCCACACUUUGGACAACAUGCACUUCCCACACAACCCACAGCCCAUCACUGCCCACUUCAUCAACCAGUGGAUGAAUGACACAGAGUUCUUCCUGGGGCUCCAUGACCGCAAGAUGUGUAUCAUUGGCCUGAGCGUGCUGAUGGAGCUUCCCAGCCGGCCGGCGAUGCUCGAGGGAGUUGCCGCUCAGAUUGUCCCCUCCAUCCUUCUCCUCUUCCUAGGCCUUAAACACCUCUACGCCUCCCGCCUUAUCAACAAACCAGGCCUGCUAGCCCGCACAGAUCCUCAGGAAGAAGACCAAAAUGAGGAGAUUCCCAGUGAUGAAGAUGAGGUGAAUGAGAACAGUAACGCCAUGCGGCAACAGUCCGGCACGCCAGCAGGCCAGGAUGGCGAGGAUGAUGAGGAGGAUGAAGAUGAGUACUGGGAUAAUGACGGCUUUGAGGGAACGCCCCUGGAGGAGUACAGCACACCACUCGACUACGACAACGGAGAGGAUGAAUACCAGUUCUUCACCUCUGCCCUGCUUAGGGUCCAGAACACUGAUGCAGCCUGGUACCAAUGUUUGACAGCUCCACUCAGUGACGACCAGAAAAAACAGCUGCAGGAGAUCUACAGCAUCUCUCAGCAGAGGAGGAGCACUGCUGCCAAGGGCCAAUGAGCACUGAGGAGACAGUCAGAGAAGGGGGGCCGCGAAGAAGAGAAGAACUGGUCUGACUUGACCUCAAGUGGAUUUCAGCCUGUUCUGAAUGAUCUCAGUCCUGUUUGGAAUAUAUCAUACUUAAAGGAUCCCACCAAAAGCAGGUCCCAGGAUGCCAUCAAAACCGGAUGUAGAAGCAAGGGCUGGAUUGGCAUUAUAUCAGUUUUGGACUUGGUGCACUGUAUAGAAUCAUGCCCCUACUGGAAUAUUCCUAUCAACAGGACAGGAUCUGUGUGUGUGUGUGUGUGUGUGUGUGUGUGUGUGUGUGUGUGUGUGGGGCCCGAAAUCCUGGAGUUACUAUCUUUGCAGCGACCAGCAGUCCACUUGAGGGGCUUGGAAAGUGAUGACAUGUAAGGUUAGAGCAAGUGUCUUCUUUGGUUAAGUGUUAGGGUAAAGGUGUAAAGGUUAAGGUUAAGGUUAGGCA